AUGGUGGCAUGUAUAGGACCAGCUUCAUAUAAUUAUGAAGAAACGCUAGGAACAUUACGAUACGCGAAUCGAGCGAAGAACAUCAAGAACAAGCCGAAGAUCAACGAGGAUCCGAAAGAUGCGAUGUUGCGAGAGUUCCAAGACGAAAUCAUGCGAUUGCGCGCCAUGCUGGAAAAGCGGUCAAGGCGGAAAGGUCGAGGAGGAGAGCUUGACGAAUCACGUGGCGAAGAGUAUUUCGAUGAGCAGCACCGUCAAAUUGCUGCUGAUCGAGAGAAUGCCCUCAAAGAUAAGACGCUCAUUCAGGAGGAACGUCGACGGAUCAUUGCUGAUCUUGAAGAGCGGCAACGUCAACUGGAACGAGAGCAACAAGCACAACGAGAAGUAGCUGAAACAAUCGCCAAAAUGGAAAGUAAACUUCUCGGUGGGACUGAUCUUUUGGAUCAUACCAGACAGCAGGAAGCUGAGCUCGAAAAUCGACGGCGAGAACUUGCCGAGCAGAAGAAACGUGAGCGAGAAAUUCUACAACAACUGGAGAGACAAGAGGAUGACACUGCUGAGAUCCAUCAAACGUAUUCCAGCUUACAACAAGAAGUCGAGGCGAAGACUCGAAAGCUCAGAAAGCUGCAUUUGAAGUUGCAAAAGGUGUUGAUUUCGUGUUUGAUCUCUAUUUUUGUUUUGAUUAAUUACUAG